AAUUCGGCGGUAAAGUUCUAUUGUUAAGUAAUAACAACACGCUACCGUUGCAAUCUCAUUCACAAUACGCAGUCUUCGGCCAUUGUUUUAUUUUGUCAUUUUGUGGUAGUGUGACGGUGUGACAAAGUCAUAGUGUGUAGACAAUUUAUUAAUAUUGUAUGUAGUAUUUUGGGCAAUGGUCACAGUCGUUAAUCACUAUUCAAGAUUAGAAUUGUUCAUGUGCGCCGAGAAUCAUCCAUAGACGUCAAACAUUUAUUUUGUAAUUUGAACUGUGUGAUGAAAUAAAUUGAACUGAUCCGCAAUUCAAUACCAUCGUCCACAAUUGGCAUCAUUACUGAUUUUAAACUACGAUAAAUAAGGUGAAUACAUAUUAUGUUAAAUAUGUCAGUAGAUGAAAUGGAUAUCUCACAGACUCCAUCAUUUAGAAAUGAUUUUAAACAAGAUCUGAAAUUCGAUGCAUCUGAACGAACAUAUUUUAAAAAUAGCUAUCACUCUGUUCAAUUACUUGAAGACUUACAAUCUUUACGCAAAAAUGAAGUUUUAUGUGAUAUUAGAUUAGAAACAGAUGAUGGUACUAUAGUAUUUGGACAUAAGAAUGUUUUAGUAGCAGCUAGCCCAUAUUUUGGUGCAAUGUUUAGUGCUUUUAAUGAAAGCAAUAAAAAUCUGGUUAAUAUGAGAGAGAUAAAUUCUGACGUCUUACAACUAAUAGUAGAUUAUAUUUAUACUGGUGAAAUUUUGGUUACAAAUGAAAAUGUACAGGUUUUGUUACCAGCUGCAAAUCUCUUACAAUUAGAUUAUGUAAAAAGUGCAUGUGCUGAGUUUUUACGAACACAACUGAAUCCUUCAAAUUGCAUUGGUAUCAAAGUAUUUGCUGACUUAUAUAAUUGUACAGAUUUGAUGUCAAGUUCUAACGCAUUCAUUAACAAACAGUUUUUAGAAGUGGUCAAAAGUGAUGAGUUCCUAUGUUUGUCUUAUGAAAACGUGAUUCAGAUUAUCUCCUCUGAUGAUCUUGCUGUUCCAUUUGAAGAAAAAGUAUUUGAAGCUGUUAUUAAUUGGGUAAAAUAUGAUUUGAAUCAAAGAAAAGAUUUUUUGCCAAAUUUAAUGGAACACGUACGUUUGCCAUUAAUAGCAUCAAAACCAGAUGUAUUAAAAAAUAUAGUUGAAGAACCUCUUCUUAAAAAUAAUCCUGAAUGUAACAAAUUUGUAUUAGAAGCUUUAAAUUUUCAUUUACAAAAGUCAAUUCAGCAUUUCAUCAUUUCUCAUUCAAUUCGUUGUAAACCUAGACAGUUCGAUAGUUUAAAAAAAAUCAUUCUAACAUUCAAUUGGUCUGAUACAAUGCCAAAGUGUUAUACAGAAUGGUAUGAUCCAGCGACCAACUUGCGGAGGAGCGCACCAGAAAUGAAAGAUAGUCGUAGGAAAUCGGGUGUAGGUGUCAUAAGAGAUCAAUUUGUUUUUGUUCUGGGAGGGGUGAAUAGCUCAAGUGCUCAAUCUGUUAAUAUGCUUGAUGUAUCUUCACCCUCACCAUGCUGGGUACCGAUGGUCAACAUGUUAGUUAGUCGAGCAUAUUUAGGAGUUGGUGUUUUAAACGAUUGUAUAUAUGCAGUUGGUGGAUUUCAUGGUUUUGUCUCAGUAAAUAGUGUAGAGGUCUUUGAUUCCAGUAUUCAAAAAUGGAGAAUGGUAACUAGUAUGACGACUAAUAGAAGUCUUUUGGGUGUUGGUGUACUCAAUGAUCAUUUAUAUGCAAUAGGAGGCUUUGAUGGUUAUGAUAGCUUGAAGUCUGUUGAAUGUUAUGAUCCCUUACUUGACACAUGGACACCAGUUGCAGAACUAUCUGUAUGUCGCAACAGUGUUAGUAUUGGGGUCUUGGACGGAGUAAUAUAUGCUAUCGGUGGUAUUGAUGGAUCGGUGAAUCUUAAAAGUGUUGAGGCAUACAGACCAAGUGAUGGAGUAUGGUCUUUCAUUGCUGAUAUGCAUUUAUGUCGAAACAAUUCUGGUGGAGUUGUGUCAUUAGAUGGUUUAUUAUAUGUUAUUGGUGGAGAAUCUGAAGAAUCAGUUUUUGAUACUAUAGAAGUGUACAACCCAAAAACGAAUACCUGGUCUUUGAGAAAAUUGUCAAGAAACAACAAUAAUGUUGCUGACAUCAAAGUUCAUUGUGGAGUAGUCGUUAAUAGACCACCAUAUUUAACUAAUUAAUAUUUUAUGCAUUAUGUUCUA